AUUUCUUUUAUAUAUAUAUACAUUUUCUCUUUAAAAAUCAAUCAAUAAUGUCUGAAUUCGCACAAGAGUCUUUGACACCUACUACUGCUCCUGCUCCUGCUCCUAUCAUUGCCAGUGAGUCUCAGCCUACACCCAUUGACCAAGGAACCCCUGCUGCUGCUGCCGUUGUUCCUGAACUCAAGUCUGCCCAGGAAGUCCCCGUUGCUGCCCCUCGUCAGGAAGUACCUCAAAGUGUCAAAAGCGUCGAGGAGCCUAUCACCAAGAAGGAAGUUCCAGUGACUGCUACUCCCGCUCCCUCCUCUGCUCCUACUUCUACUCCUUCAAAGGGAUCCAACGCCGCCAACUCAUUUUUUGCACCCGUUUACCAAUCUCCUGACAUUAAGUUUGAUGAUGAUCCUACUGCUUAUAUCAAAUCAAGAACCGCGUCUCUUAUUUUCUGGGAGAAGCCCAAGAAGAGUGCUGUCGUUCUUGGCUCUACUCUGACUGCCUUGAUCCUUACCCAAUACUACUCUGUUCUCCAGCUCCUUGCUGCCUUUUUCACCAUCGUCACUGGUCUGAACUGGGUUUAUGUCAACACCCAUAAACAAGGUCAAAAGUUUAUUAAUGGACGUGCUCCCGCUGAUGUAACCAACCCUCACAAUGCUCGUCUUGCAGUCAAGACUACCUUGGUGUCGCGUGAUCGUGUUGUUCGUUCUGCAGAACUUGCUGUUGAUGUCAUCGAGACUCUUUCCCGCCAGGUGACCAAGCUUGUAUUGAUUGAGGACAACUCUCGUUCUCUGGUAGCCUUGGCUGUGUCUUACUCUGUCUGGACUUUGGCCAAGUACGUCGCAACCAAGUACAUCGUCGGUGUAUUUGUAGUCUCCGCUUUCCUCUUCCCCCGUCUCUAUCUCCAGCACAAGGACAUCAUCGAUAGCCAGGUCACACAGCACAGUCAGCACGCAUACACUCUUGCACAGCAGUACGGUGGUGUUGCUAGCCAGACUGCCAAGCAAUACUAUGGACAGGCAUUGCGCAUGGUCAACAUGUCUGGUGCUGGUAAUGCCCAGGCCAAGAAAGCAGAGUAAAAAAAAACCCCAAUGAAAUGAGAUGAAUUGAAGGAAUGACUUUGUAUAUCCUCUUUCUUUUCUUUCUUUCUUUCUCUUUCUCUUUCUCUAUAUAUAAUAUCUAUAUAUAUAUAUACACAAAAUAUCCCACUUCUGGCUAACCCUAUUCUUUCUUUUCCCCUUACCCACUCAAUUACCCACUCAAUUACCUACCUAUCUACCUAUCUACCUACCUAUCUACUCACACACACUCACAUAGCUUGUUUCUUUUCUUUUUACUUUUUCUUUUAUUUUAUUUUUACUCUUAUAAAAUAAAUCAAUAUAUAUAUAUUAUAUAUUUUAUAAUUUU